AUGUACGACCCAGCGUAUCCGUUUGUCGACUGCUUUUGGUAUGAUGGCGAUACCAACACGGUACACGCCUGCCAAAUCUCCAAGCCCUUCCCUGGCCACCGCACAGACGUCGACGCAUUCAACGCCAAGAUGGAAAAGCUUGCUAUUCCGGACACCGGCAAGUUGGUCGUGAACAUUAUCCACCUGCCCUACCAGGCCGAUGGAUGUGCUCAAGCUAACACCGUUGAUAUUGCCAAAAUCUACCAAAAUGGCAAUGUCGCCUUCCGUGUCAUCAAAUUGGCCCUUUGA